GCCUUAUUCGUCUCGUCGCUCGAUCGUACUGUGUAGUACGCUUGGUCGCGAAAUGAGGAUGCCUCAGGAAUCACCCUUUGCCAGCUGCAGCCAUGCAGCACUAAGUCUAUUACUGCCUUUGCCCAGAACUACGUUGUAACGGCCUUUACCCGACUUUAUAUUCCUUAAACGCUGUAUUUCCGAAGCUAAUAAGCUGAAGUUACCUGAUGGCGCGUCCUAGGUCCGGCGAGGGUCUCGACUCUGUAUACCAGAGAUUACCACAAGUACCACCAGAGGAAGUCCACACAACAGGAAAUGAAUUGCAAGUUGAAGAUGAGGAAGUCCUUGCCGAAGAGUUUGUUUCCCAGGAGGCCUCUGUCAGUGCUGACAGUCGCAUUCAGUGGAUACACUUCAUUUUGGGCUGCGCAGUCCUAUUGCCAUGGAACGUCAUGAUUACUGCGACUCCUUAUUUCUUGGCUAGACUUUCAGGAUCUCCGUUCAAGAGCACAUUCAGUUCAUAUCUUACAACAACAUUCACAUUAGCCAACUUUGGCUUUCUUGCCCAUGCCACUAUGACAUCAAAGCAGUCCUCAAAUGAGCGUCGCAUAUUAGUUUCAAUUCUCUUUACCGCCAUAAUGGUCGCAAUGCUUACUCUCAGCACGUUUGUCCACAUCCCAGCUGGGCUAUUCUUUGGCUUUGUGCUGCUAAAUGGUAUUGCUCAGGCUGCGGCAGGGUCGUAUCUGCAGACCGCCGUCGUUGCAGUUGCUUCACUGUUUGGGCCAACCGCCAUGCAGGCAGUGAUGUCUGGUCAGGCUGCUGUAGCCGUUGCGGUUAGUCUCGUACAGGCUAUCAGUGCAUAUGCGUCUGUGCGUGGCCAAGCACCAUCGGAGGCUUACGUGUUGGAGGCAGAACCCGAGGAACGAUCAGCAUUCUUCUUCUUCGGCCUUUCCACAAUAUUUCUCCUUAUCAGCGCAGGAGCACAAACGUGGCUGGUGAGGCUCCCUGCAUACAAAGCCAUCGUCGGCCAGUUCAAGCAUAUCAAGCAUGUCGUGCAUGGUGAUGUGGACGACGGCGCAGAAACUUCAAAUCUCAUUCAUCAGACCGCGGCCGCUAGCAGUUUGGAACGUCGUGAUCAGAUAAUACGCGUUGCGAAAGAAAACGGGGUCUACAACUUCGCGGUCGCCUAUGUCUUCAUUAUUACACUGGCGGUCUUCCCUUCAAUCACCCUUUCAAUCCUACCCACGAACCCGUCGACGCAUCCACUUGUUUUCAGCGCCGUUCACUUCCUUGUGUUCAGCGUGGGCGACUUUUUCGGUCGCUACAUGUGUGCUUUCCCUAGGCUUACAAUCUGGUCCGCCAAUCGUCUGCUCACGCUCUCACUGUGCCGCACCCUCUUCAUCCCGAUAUUCCUAAUGUGCAAUAUUCAACGGCCAUCCGUGCAAACUUCCCACUCGGCUAUCAUUAGCUCUGAUAUCCUCUACAUGUUCAUUCUUCUCUUAUUGGGAUUGAGCAAUGGCUGGAUUUCAAGUCUUUGCAUGAUGGCGGCGCCUUCUGUCCAACACAAUCCUCGGUUGAAGGGUAGAGUGGAAGAUGUUGAUGUUGCUGCGACGGUGGCAAGUUUCUGCUUGAUUGGAGGGCUUUUUGUAGGAAGCUUUGCAAGUUUCGCGGUUAGAGCUGCUGUCUGUGACUGCAAUCCGUUCCGAAAUUAGAGAGUAUGUCUUUGUCCGUAGUCCCGAUUUUUCUUUCCUGACGCAGGUAUCUAGGCAACAUAUUUUGAUAUCCUCACACUUCGGCCUAACAGCCUUUGCAGUAGACAUGUCAGCAUCGUCAGGUCUCUCCCGCGGAGGACAAUGCUGGAUAUUCUGGACUGACUUGGCAGGAAAAUGGUUUCCUCGGCAGUGGUCCCUUCAAUGGCUAAUGGAAGCUGUCCCAUUCACGUGUGGAUGUAUAUCUCGGACCUAUUUAAUUAUACCUACGUUCUAACCAUAUUGGUUGAUUCGAGCAGAAAUUCCUGUGAGCCUUAUCAUUGGCGUUCUGAAGCAACAGGCAGGUGAUGUAAACAUUACCGCGCAAUACAUGAAGAUAUAUACAAUGACCAUGGUAUCAAAGCACAAGAAGGGGUCUCUUGGAACAGCACGCAAGAUUUGAACGUCUGAUGAUCAUGAAGAUCCGCCGAAUGACGUCUGUUAGUGGGUCUGUUAGAUGAAAAGCCUCGGGAAUGAAUUGGCACUAUCGCGAUGUUCUGGACCAUAAUCACUCACCUGUCACCUUCUAUCGCGAACGAAACAUUACGAUUGUCAUGUCAAUACGAGGGAAGAGGUCCUCGAGGGGCACCAGGGAGCCGGGGGAGUAAUGCCUUUGCUUGAGCUAUCUGCUUGCGCUUGCGAUGUUCUGCAAGACGUAUAGCGAAUAUGUCACGAUGAAGUGUGUAUCGUUGAUGAGAAGGCGUCGAAGGAGUACUUGGAGUUGCCGCAGCUGGAGGUGGUGACUGCGAGGGUGCUGAGUUCUUAGCUAUAUCUUCCUUGCUAGAGUUGUUGCUCUUCUCCUUCUCCUUGCCUUGUUCCUUCUCCUUCUCCUUCUCUUUCUUGCGUCUCUGGCGUUCCUCCCAUUCUUCUUUCACUUUCGCAAUCUCCUCUGCACUAAGCCCAAGCUUCUUUGCUCCACUGUC